CCCGGGAGGUCGGAUACGGCAGCCUCUCCUCCCUGGCCGCUUCCCUCGCCGCCCAGGGACGACCUCCGCAAGAUGGACAGCAACCAGGCCACCCCGAUCGUCGUUUGGCGCAAUCCAUUCGACCGGCAAGGGAGCAACCCUAUCUCGACGGCUCUGUCGCCGCCUCCUGGUCCCAAGACACUGCCCAAGCGCAAGUCAAAUUUUCGAUUAAGAAGUGAUUCGGGCAUGGCAUUGCACACCAAUCAGGCAGCCUUCCGCCAGUACACGGACUACAAUCCUGACGGAUCCAUCUCGACUCGUCCGUCUCGCUCAAGGCAUCCGAGCUUUGAUGAUAGCAGCAGCGUCGAGGACUUUAAAGGCCACCAAGUCAAUUCGGAACCCAAGGGCUUAGUGACCAACGGAAAAGUUCUCCCAGACCUCUUCGAGCCCGCCGUCUUCAAGCUGGCUCUUUCCAACCGAGCGACGGCGCAGAGGCUUCGCGCGUUUGCGCAGACUAGACGCUGCGGGUCGGAUAUCGACUUCUUGCUCAAGGUUGAAGAGUAUUCUCGAGCGGUUGGGAAUGUCAUUUCGUCCAUGAGUUACAUUUCGUCCCACUUCACUGGCACGACGGCAACAUCGCCCGUGGAGCUUCCGCUGGAGGCGGCGGGUGCCCUCAAGGCAAACGUCAAGUUCUCAGCAAGGACUGCGAUCCCAGCCCUUGACAGAACGUAUCAGGACGCAAAGGCUGCGGUCGAGACGCGGCUGUCGCAGGACCUCUACCCGGAGUUCGUCAAAUAUCAGCUUGCCCAACGUCUGACCGCCUCGCUGUCGACACGCCACUCCAUGACCGGUGAGAUUCAGAGUCCAUAUCCGGGUCUUGGCGACGCCUUCUGCAUUUCUGACCCGAUCCGACCCGACAACCCAAUCGUUUUUGCAUCUGACGGGUUCCUGGCCAUGUCAGGGUAUCAGCGAAGGGAUAUCAUAGGGAAGAAUUGCCGGAUUCUCCAGGGGUUCGCUACCGACCCUGAGGCGGCGACGCGACUCAGCCGAGCCAUUUCGGCGGGCAGCGACGCCACUGAGCUGAUCCUUAACUACCGGCCCGACGGGACCCCGUUUUGGAACUUGCUGUUCAUCUGCCCACUGAUGGAACAUGGAAGCGUGCGGUACUUCCUGGGUGCCCAAGUCAACAUCUCAGAGCACAUGGACGCUGGGUACAAAGAUGUCAUGGACGUUUUGAACUUUGGCCCGAUGCCAGAAGACGCAUACCCUGCGCGAUCGCCGGCAUCGCCAUCGUCCCCGAGCUGGUCACGGCGGCAAAGUGCCGACAACCAGCCCCCAGAGGACGACGAGCAGGACGAGAAGCCAACCUCGCGCCGCCAUCGCUUUUUCCGCCGCUUCAAUCGGAAACCUGCUUCUUCUCGCACUCCGUCCUCGUCUCGCCGGCCGAGCGUAGCAUCGGAGCGCAGCGCUGACAGCACCCAGCAAUCGCUCUCCCCGCGCUGCUACCCGCCCCUGAACCUCAGCUUCGGCCGCCAUCACACCCAUCACCACCACCACGACCAUGACCACCUCACGCACCAGCACCCAGUCGAGCACAGCACUCCAUACUCCCGCUUCCUCGUCAUGCGCUUCAACGACGACAACACCAACAGGCACCACAACCCCGAAUCCAGACCACCCCCAAGCACCAACGGCCGCCGCCGCCUCCAGCCAGACCGGCGCCCCCCACCAGCACGCGACCACCGUGGCCAGCGCCACCAACCGGCGGCCCCGCAGUUGCCCAUCACCUUCUGCUCGCCCUCGGCGCUGUCCCUGCUGGGCCUGAAACCACCGCAUCACAACGAGGAGUCGCACUGCGUGCUCGACCGCGACGUGUUCGCCGUGCUGGCGUCGCAGCUCGGUUCACCAAACUUCAACCGCGCCGCGUUCCGGGCGGACGUGCUGGGUCGGCUUGCCCGGGGGGAGGGCGUCACGGUUGAUUUGAUGACGGCUUCUUCUUCUUGUGCGGCGGGAGCGGCGUCUUCUACUGCUUCUACUGCUUCUGCUGGUGGUGUUACUGCGGUGGAAGGGGAUGCGGAGGGAAAGCCUAGGGUUAGUGGCACGCUGGAUCGUGGGGCGGAGUUCUUUAGUCAGGUCUUGUUUUCGGGUGGGCAAGGUGGGAAGUUGAGGAGAGUGGUGAGUACGUGGGCGCCGUUGAAGGAUGGGGAGGGGAGGGUUGCGUGGGUGGUGAUGGUGCUGAAUCCU